CGUCACGCAUUGCGUCGCUCAAUGACUCAAGCAAUACGUAUUUUAAUCAAUGGCCGACAGCGAAUCGUCGUUACUCGUGGCGCCAUUCUGAAAGCUGGAUGGCUAUAUAAUACACAAACCCAUUUUAGGCAAUCAUCUUCAUACAAACCCUAUUCAACUGAGUAGCAAUGGAGACUGAAUUUGAAGGAUUUGUCAUCGCCGGAGCAGGAAUUGCUGGUCUUGCCACUGCUCUAGCUCUCCACAGAGUGGGAAUAAAAAGCCUGGUGUUGGAGCAAGCUGAAAGCCUGCGUGCAACAGGAGGUGGCUUAGGAGUCUGGACUAAUGCCUGGAAGGCUCUCACAGCCCUCGGCAUCGCAGACCAGCUCCGCGAGCAACAUCCUGUUCUUUUACAAAGCUUUGAGUUGAUCUCUCUCGACCAAGGAAUGACUCGGAAUUUCUCUAUCCAAGCGAGCGACAGCGGCCAUGAGCUCAGGUGCGUGAAAAGGGCAGCUUUACUGGAGGCCCUGGCCACAGCUCUUCCUCCGGACACCAUUAAAUACAACUGUAAAGUCCUCCGUGUGCGGCAAUCUCUGAGUUCCAAAUAUUCGUCGGAAACAGAGCUGGAGGACGGAACCGUUAUCAGAGCAAAGGGAGUGAUUGGUUGCGAUGGAGUGAGGUCAGUGGUAUCACAGGGGUUUCUAGGGCUUCCGGCUCCCACCAGUGCAGGACGUUGCGGGAUUCGGGGAUUGGCGACCUACGCGGACGGUCAUGGUGCCUCACCAAGUCUUCAGAUGCAUUUCCUCAACGGAGUCACCUUUGGUCGCAUGCCUGUCAACGACAAAGAACUUUUCUGGUUCAUAGUUCGCAAUCCGCCGCCUCAAGAUUACGCCGAAAUCUCCCAUGAUCCACUGCGAAUACGUGAAUUCAGCUCGUCUCUGUUAAAGGAUUUUCCUUCCCAAAUCAAAGAUGUAAUAGGGCUGACAGCCACCGACAGUCUGAAUAUGGCAGUUCUGAGAUUUAAAUGGCCGUGGGAUAUUUUAAAUAAUAGUGCGUAUAAAGGCAGCGUGACGGCGGCGGGAGAUGCAGUGCACCCCAUGACUCCUGAUCUUGCACAGGGCGGCAAUUCUGCGCUUGAAGAUGCCAUUGUUCUGGCCAGAUGUUUAGCAGAAACCCUGAAUGGAAGGAGUAAUGCUGAUAAUGAAGGGCAAAUUGUGGAAAAGGCAUUGAAGAAAUAUGUAGAUGAAAUGAAGUGGAGAUGGGUGUGGCUUGUGAGCCAAGCAUACAUCACAGGAGUAGUGCAACAGGGUUCUUCUCGUUUCAUCAGAUUCAUUAGAGACAACAUUGCUCUCAAGUUCAGGUCACCCAAGGAUAUGUUUAUUCAUGCAACUUAUGAUUGUGGGACCCUUCCCACUGUAAAUCCAAUCUGAGAUUUCAGCUACAGGAUUCAUCUGCUACAUCCUUUUUCUUAAUAUGUAAUGGAAUCCAAAUCAAGCGUGGCCCCUCUCCCCUGUAAUGCCUCCUCUGCUGAUUAACUGAGCAAUAAUGUUCUUGUCCUCAAUCAAGCCAAACGUUUUGCUUUCAAUCAUUAUUUAAGUUAACCGACAAUGGAGUUGGUUUGUGUGGGCCCCCUCCGCUACAAUCUUUAAUUUUCAUGAAUUAUUAGACGGUAUUGUCUUGAUAACUGUCCUCUUCAAUUUUGACACGCUUUUAUGA